AUGAGGGAGAUGUCAUAUGUUUUACCUGGUUGGGAAGGAUCUGCAUCAGACUCGAGAAUCCUAGAUAAUGCAUUAAUGAGAGAUUUUGAUAAAUUGAUUGUUCCACAAGGUAAAUAUUAUUUGGCUGAUGCGGGUUUUCAUCUAAAAACUGGAUUUCUUACCCCAUAUAGAAGCACUUGUUACCAUUUAAAAGAGUAUAGUGUUCAUCAACCAGAAAAUGCUCGAGAGGUUUUCAACCUUCGACACUCAUCCUUGAGAAAUGCAAUUGAAAGAGCAUUUGGUGUUUUAAAGAAAAGGUUUCCAAUAAUAACUAGUGGGACGGAGCCACAUUACCCUGUUGACACACAAUCUGAUAUUAUACUAGGAUGUUGUAUCCUCCAUAACUAUCUCAUGGGUGUUGAUUCAGAUGAAAGAUUAAUAGCAGAGGUCGAUAGAGAGCUUUUUAGCGAAGAAGUGGAGUUUGAAUCAAUGGUCUUGAGUUUAGCUGAAAAAUGCAAGGAAGGAGAAAUCUUAAGGGAGAAAAUAGCCAUGGAUAUGUGGAAAGAUUACAAUAGAAACCGUUGA